AUGUCUUACAAUGUAGAUAAAAAUCAGCUUCAUAUUAUAGCCAUGACCUCAAUGGUUCUUGGAAGCGUAGCUGGGACCGGUUUGAUCUUGGUAACCACAGAAUAUAGUCGGUUGGGGUUGUACUUGCUUUUUAUAGCUGCCUAUCAUUUACUUGAAUUCAUCAAUACUUAUACUUAUCAGCGAGAAACGGUUACAGAAUCCCUGUUUUUGUUGUAUGGUAAUGUUGGAAGCAAGGAGUACCUUCUCAUGCAAUUGUUAAGUAUCUGGGAAUACUUUUUCAUCAAAAGUCGAUGGCAUAUUUGGCCCUAUAUGAAACAUACCAUUUUUAUAGGAAUGGUUAUGGCAACAAUUGGUCUUUAUAUUCGACACCGAGCUAUGAAAGUGUGUGGAAAUGGGUUCUCCCACUAUAUUCAAACCACUUCCAGACAAACACAUAAUCUUGUUACCCACGAUAUAUACGGUUGGUGUCGACAUCCUAGUUAUUUGGGAUUCUAUCUUUGGGCAAUAGGUUUGCAAUUAUGUCUUUCCAUACCGUUAUCGUUGGUUUUAACUACAGUUAUAAUAACGUGGUUCUUUCGUACCCGAGUAGCAUUCGAAGAGUGGUUUUUGGUCAACAGACUCUUUGGCCAAGAAUACAUCGACUACUCCAACAAGGUGGGGACAUUGAUACCAUUUGUAUAG